AGAGAUUGAUAGGUAUCUGAGUAGCAGUGUACAAAACAGUGCAGGCAUCACAAUAAAUAAUAAACAAGACAAUAUGCACAGUAGAGGGCAGUAGGUUGGCGUCAGUCCAGGCUCUGGGUAUUGAAGAGUCUGAUGACUGGGGGGAAGAAACUGUUACAUAGUCUGGUCGUGAGAGCCCGAAUGCUUCGGUGCCUUUUGCCAGAUGGCAGGAGGGAGAAGAGUUUUUUUGAGGGGUGCAUGGGGUCCUUCAUAAUGCUGUUUGCUUUAUGAAUGCAGCAUGUGGUGUAAAUGUGUGUAAUGGCGGGAAGAGAAACGCCGAUGAUCUUCUCAGCUGACCUCACUAUCCGCUGCAGGGUCUUGCGAUCCAAGAUGGUGCAAUUUCCGAACCAGCCAGUGAUGCAGCUACUCAGGAUGCUCUCAAUACAACCUCAGUAGAAUGAGUCCCUCCCCCUCUGUGAUCGCCACAAGCUGCCCCAGCUCCAGACAGAAACAAACUCGUGGGAGUAGACAGCGCUUCACUUCGAGGUCUAUCAUAAAACGAUCCGGAUUUCACAGAUGGAGGGUCAGGGACGGAGCGCUGAAAGCGGCAGGCGGUCGGGUCGCUUUCUGAUCAGCCUGGAGGAUUUAGAGUCGGUGACCGAUGAUACGGAGUCGGAGGUGGUUUACCACAACAGCGGAGACGACGAAAACGCGCAUGAUGACGACGAUCUCUUCACAUACUGGCAAGACGUUGGCCGCUGUCACCAGGUGGAUGUGCCAAGAGACAUGGAAGAACCGAUUCAACAGAUGACAAGAAAUAGCCAAUCUCAAGAGAGGCAAGCAGUCCCAUUUACCUCAUUGGGUCAUAAAACAAAGACUGAUGAGCAACUGUAUGAAAAACGUCAAUAUGAAAAAGCUAAAUGGGCUUGCGUAACUGAGAGUGAACUUCGCUAUGAACAGAGCAUAUGCAAAGGAUUUAUGAAAUUGAUGAAAUACAUUUGUCAACAAAACUCAUCAGGUCUGUUCCUGGGAAUGACUGCACCUGUUGUUACCACUGUGCACACCAACCACACCAGAUCAGAACUCCUACCGAGAGUAACCAUUGCUUACUACCUCCCACCACAAUUCCAAGAUCAGGUUCCACAGCCCUUUGAUGCGGACAUUGUCAUAGAAGAGUGGCCUGCACAGGUCAUUUACGCAAGAUCUUUCAAUGGCACCACUAAUGAAGAGAUUAUUUUACGAGAGAUAAACCAUCUAGCAGAGCACCUUGACGUUCCUGAGUUGUUACUGCAAGAUACCUUUAUUGUGGCUGGUUACAACAAUCCUUCAGUUCCAAAUCGACAUAAUGAGAUCUGGUUUAUUCAGAGGCCUUGAGUAAAUUGUUCAUAUCUGGUACAGACCCUGUGCAAUAGCUUAUUUUGUGAAAAUGUAUAUGUACUAUGUGAUGAUGUACUAUGUGAUGGUGUAAGUGCAGGUGAAAACUUGCUUCAAUUAUAACUUUGUUACAUUAAGUGAAUAUAAGAUGAUCACAGGUUGACAUUUAAAAUAUAAAGUAAAAUUAGUUUUCCAUGAAUAAUCGUAUCACCAAAUAACAUCCACAAUUUUCACAAUUCUAGUUAAAUCUUAUGGCACUAGAGAUCAAAAGUAAAUCCAAAUCCCUGGAACUAUGAGAUAGCUGUGUGAUCUACUGUAGCACUGUAUAAACUGUUUGUAAAAGCAAAACAAGAGAAACUAGAGCUCCAAGAGAAAUAGUCCUCCAUUUAAAUCUCAAUUUUACACAGACUGUCUCUCCUGGGAUAGAAUUGUGGUUCUGCAAGGAGUGCAGUUGCCUCAUAGCCCAAGCAAUCUGGGUUCCAUACUGAACUCCAGUUUUGUCUGUAUGGAGUCUGCAAGUUCUUCAUGGGAGCACAUGGGUUUCCCCAGCUAAUCUGAUUUCCCUCCUCCCCAUCCAAAAAAUAUGCUGGCUAAAUUAACUAAUUAUUAUAAAUUGCUGCCGGAGUAGAUGGACGUUAAUGGGCCUGUGUAAUGGGGAAACAAGUUGGAGAACAGGAUUUGUUCUGACAGCCAGCAGUGACUCAAUAGGUCAGAUAACUCUCCACCCCCCCCCACACCCACCCAAGUCAUAAGGUAAAAUAAGUAUGUGUCCUUUCACUGUAAAUGUAGGAAUAGAAAAUGACAGCAUUUAACUUAAAACUAUAAAUAACCUAAUAUUUCUGGCAAAAUAAAUCUUUAUGAAAUAGAUAGUCCUUCAAUGGAAAACCAUAGAGACAUUUGAAGAAAUACAUUGUAAUGUUUGCUUGCACAAACGAGUAGUAACAUUUGCUUGUCAACCUACAUCUCCUGUGCCAUUACUGGACUUUUUCGUUUAAGAACUCUUAUGCUGGAUAGACCAAAAAGCAUUAAGUGUCAAUUAAGAUACUGCUACACUGCGCAACCAGCAUUUGAUUGAAAGAGGCAAAACAGAUCUCACACUAAAUACCCUCCUGUAUAUUUUACCCUACACAAUGCAGAUAUUGUAUGGUGAUAACGUAAUGUAUAACAGUAGCUGCUGACCAAAGUUUCCAAAUCAUUCAGUGACCUCUGCAGUCAAUGUAGCAAAUUCACCACAUCUUGGUUCAUAUUUACGAAUAAAAUAAAAAAUCAUAAAGCACUUUUAGUAAAAUACUGGAAACAAUUAUUAUUCAUUCUCAAUACUCAUUAAAACUCAAUGUUUUAAUGUAAAAAGUUAUCACCUCUUUGUAAAUAAGAAUCCAUUUAAAAAUAUGACAGCUGCUUACAGAGAGAAAAAAAUCCCAAUUAAUGAUACCUUUUGAAGUCCUUUCAUCAAUAUCAACCUACGUUUAUUGAAGCAUCCUCAGGUGCUUGGUAGAGCACCAAAAUUAAAAACCUGACACUGUGCCACUAAGAAAGAUAUCAAUACAGAUAACCAAAUGGCACGGUCAAAGGAUUGGCAAUGAAUCUUAAGGAGAGAUUUGGAAAGGAUCGGGGGUAGGGGAAGAAAAAAACUUAAGCACUAAACACCAAUGCAGAUGAAAAGAUUGUUACAGUGAGAGUUAUUAAAAUAAGAAACAUGCACAAGGCCACAAAUAAAGCAAAAGGAUUAGAUAGCUUCUGCAGCUGUAAGGUAGUAAAGGUUGGGAUAGUUGAGAAGUGGUGAUGGUGCAGUUAGAUCCUGGACAAGGAUUUGAAAACUGAGGCAUUGUUGGCCUUCAUGAACCAAACAAAAGUGUUCUUCAAACUGAAUUAAUUGUUGAUUAAUUGUUACAAAGUGAAUGAAUAGAAACUUGAGCAACACACACAAAAUGCUGGUGGAACGCAGCAGGCCAGGCAGCAUCUAUAGGAAGAAGUACAGUCAACAUUUCAGGCUGAGACCCUUCGUCAGGACUCUAUAGGAAGAAGUACGGUCAACGUUUUGGGCCGAGACCCUUCGUCCAAAUAGAAACUUGAUAGCCUUUCUGUUCAUGAUUAGAGGUUGAUAUUUAUUCUGCAGAUCUGUUUUGUAAGAGUUUAUAAAACAAGAUGAAUGGCUGUAAGAAGGUUUAACUGUAAACAUAUUAAAACAUUUAUGGUUACAAAUUCAAAGAUUAAAUUAAAAUUUGC